GCAGCAUUAGGGUCUCUUCAGUCUCUCCUGCAAACCGGCUGCUGCUGGGAGGUCACUCCCCAAAAAAACCUGCCGAGCCCGUGACCUGCAAGCACAAUAUUUGAUCUGGGAUCUAGGGCGGGCACCAGCCUUUGCAAAUUGGGAGACACACUCACAUGCUGCUUGACACACGGGAGAUCCCAGAGAAGAGCAGCGAGGCUUUGAAAAGGAGGCUCUUAGCUUGGUCCCUCCAGCGUCAGCACCAUGCAUUGGGCCACCGUCCUGAUCAUCGCUGGGCUCUUCGGAGCCUCCCUGGGCCAGUACAAUGAAGAAGAAGACAUGGCUUGGUUACAGUACUACAUGCGGCAGUCCCGUAUGUCCUCCUAUAACUACAUGCCCUACUAUGAGGAUGAGAACACCCCUUAUGUGUACUCUUACCUCCCAGCUCCAGACACGGAGGCAGGGCCCGGCCCCGAACCUCAGCAAGCCCCUUCCUGGCAAUGUCCCCAAGAGUGUGAUUGCCCCCCUAACUUCUCGUCAGCCAUGUACUGUGACACCCGUAACCUGAGGUACCUGCCCUUCGUGCCUUCCCGGAUGAAAUACGUCUACUUCCAGAACAACCAGGUCACCGCCAUCCAAGAGGGGGCUUUCGACAACGCCACGGAGCUGGAAUGGCUCGCACUGCACAACAACCAGAUCAGCAGUGAGAAGAUGGGCAAGAGGGUCUUUGCCAAGCUCAAAAACCUGGAGAGGUUGUACAUGAACAACAACAACCUAACCAAGAUGCCCAACCCCUUGCCCCGGUCUCUGAGAGAGCUCCACUUGUCUUACAAUCAGAUCUCCAAGGUCCCCUCCAAUGCUCUGGAGGGUCUGGAGAACCUCACAGCCCUGUACCUCAGCCACAACUAUAUUUUUGAGAUGGGAGCAUCCCUCAAAGGGCUCAAGUCCUUGAUCCUUGCUGAUCUGAGCUACAACCACCUCAGGAAAGUCCCUGAUGGGCUCCCAAUGGCUUUGGAACAGCUCUACCUAGAGUACAACUACAUCAACGCCAUCCCUGAUGACUAUUUCAAGGUCUCUCCCAAGCUGCUCUAUGUACGGAUGUCCCACAACAGCCUGACAAAUCAAGGUCUCUCUACCAACACUUUCAACAGCAGCAGCAUCCUUGAGCUGGACCUUUCUUACAACAGGCUCCAGAAGAUCCCCCGGGUCAACACCAACCUCGAGAACCUUUACCUUCAAGGGAACCAAAUCAAUGAGUUCUCCAUCAGCAGCUUUUGCACCGUGGUGGAUGUCAUGAACUAUUCCAGGCUCCAGGUCCUGCGGCUCGACGGGAACGAGAUCAAGCGAAACGCGGUGCCCCCCGACGCCCCGCUUUGCCUGCGGCGUGCCACCAUCAUCGAGAUCUAGCCCAGCCCCCCCCCCGGCUCCCUCCCCAUCCUCAGGACUUGGCUCCCCCGUUCCUGGGGAGACACUCACUCCCA